CAAUGCCAAUGCGAAUGCAGCGACGCCAGCAACAUGGAUGUAUACCAAAUAGAGCUGGAGGCACACGAACAAAUUCGCUCCCAUCUGCUGAUCGACACGGUGGUAAAGAACUUGGGGCAGCCGACACGCCCACAGCAACAGCAGCAGCAGCAGCAACAACAGCAACAGCAGCAGGACGAACUGAAAAAUAUUGCAGAGAAGGAGCAGCAGCAGCAGCAGCAACAGCAGCAGCAAGUCGACGACGACGACGACGAAGAGGAGGAGGACGAAGACGAGGAAGAAGAGGACGAGGAGGAGGACGAGGAGCAGCAGGAGGAGGACGGGGAGAACGAAGCAGCGUUGCCAGAAGUCAGUUUCGAUGCAAAUUCCGAUUUUAAUUUGCAUUUCUUUGACACGCCCGAAGAUUCAUCGACGCAAGGCGCUUACAGCGAGGCCGGCAGUCUAGACUCGGAGCCCGAGGACGAGCAGCAACAGCAGCAACAGCAACAGCUGGUGCAUCAGCAACAGCAGCAACAACUGACGACAGCAACAACAGUUGCUGCCGCACAGGAGCUGCAACAUUGCCUGAGUGCCAUCGAAGCAGAUCCAUUGCAGUUGCUGCACUGCGAUAGUUUCUACACUGCGACAACGGCAACAGUUGCUGCCGCAGCAGCAACAACACCGCAGCAGCAGCAGCAGCGACAACACCCGCAGCAGCAACAGCAGCCACAGCAGCAGCAGCAGCAUUUGAGCUGCACCACACUGAGCAAUGGUGGAGGUGCUUUGUACACCAUCAGCAGUGUGCAUCAGUUUGGUCCCGCCAGCAAUAGUUCCAGCUCAGCCGGCGCCCAUUCCUCACCGGACAGCGGACGGAGCAGCGGCUGCUCAUCCAGCUCCAGUUCGGCAACAGUCUCAUCCUCAUCAUCAUCAUCGUCCUCCAGCUACAACAGCAGCAGCAGCAACAACAACAACAGCAGCAACAGCAACAUCUCUGUCGCAGCCACAUCCUCGUCAGCGCAACAUUCGCAGCAGCAGCAGCAGCAGCAACAGCAGCAGCAGCAGCCACAACAGCAACAGCAUCAGCAUUCACAGCAGCAACAGUUGCAACAGCAACAACAGCAGCAGCACGCGCAGCAACAGCAAUUCGGCAUUGUUGACUCCAGCAACAGCAACAACAACAGCAACAGCAACAACAGCAACAACAACAACAGCAACGGUGUCUCCUCCAAGUCGUUUGUGCCCUGUAAAGUUUGUGGCGACAAGGCAUCGGGCUAUCAUUAUGGUGUAACCUCGUGCGAGGGUUGCAAGGGCUUCUUUCGUCGCAGCAUUCAAAAGCAAAUCGAAUAUCGCUGCUUGAGGGACGGCAAGUGUUUGGUUAUUCGCCUCAAUCGGAAUCGCUGUCAAUAUUGCCGCUUCAAGAAGUGCCUCUCGGCUGGCAUGAGCCGUGACUCUGUUCGUUAUGGUCGCGUACCGAAGCGUUCACGUGAGCUGAACGGCGCCGCAGCAGCCGCAGCCGCUGCCACAGCAUCCGCUAGCAGCACGCCGCUUAAUGUGGAUGAGACCAGUGCCAAUAAUUUGCAUACAAAUCUAAUACAACAGCAACAACAGCAACAACAACAGCAGCAGCAGCAACAACAACAGCAACAACAGCAGCAGCCGCAUGCGAGCAGUGUGCGUGUGAAUACGCCAAGUACACCACAAACGCCACAAAUGUGUUCGAUAGCCUCGUCGCCAUCGGAGCUGGGCGGUUGCAAUAGUGCCAACAAUAACAAUAACAAUACCAACAACAACAACAAUACAAGCAGUAACAACAACAACAACAACAGUAGCAGCAGUAACAAUAAUAGUAAUGCAUCAUCAGCUGUGGCUGUGAGCAAUCAUCAUCAGCAAUUGGUCAACAUGGGCAGCAGCAGCGACAUGACAAUGACCCAGGUGGCCAUGUGCCACUCCCACGAUCAUCACGAUGGCCUUGCCGGCACCGCCAACGAACUGACUGUCUAUGAUGUGAUCAUGUGCGUCUCGCAGGCGCAUCGACUCAACUGCUCCUACACCGAGGAGCUGACACGCGAACUGAUGCGACGUCCAGUGACUGUGCCACAAAAUGGGAUUGUGACCACUGUGGCGGAGAGUCUGGAGUUCCAAAAGAUUUGGCUGUGGCAACAGUUCUCGGCGAGAGUUACGCCCGGCGUGCAGCGGAUUGUGGAGUUCGCGAAACGCGUACCUGGCUUCUGUGAUUUCACGCAGGACGACCAACUGAUACUCAUCAAGCUGGGCUUCUUCGAGGUGUGGCUGACGCAUGUGGCACGCCUCAUCAAUGAUACGACGCUGACGCUGGACGAUGGCGCCUAUCUCACACGCCAGCAACUUGAGAUACUCUACGAUUCGGACUUUGUGAAUGCCCUGCUGAAUUUUGCCAACACACUGAAUGCCUAUGGCUUGAGUGACACUGAGAUUGGCCUCUUCUCGGCGAUGGUGCUGCUUGCUUCGGAUCGUUUGGGUCUCAGUGAGCCCAAGGUGAUUGCCCGUGCCCGCGAACUGGUCGCGGAGGCGCUACGUGUUCAAAUACUCAGAUCGCGUGCGGGUUCGACGCAGGCGCUGCAAUUGAUGCCGGCGCUGGAGGCUAAGAUACCGGAGUUGCGCUCGCUGGGCGCCAAACACUUCUCACAUCUAGACUGGCUGCGAAUGAACUGGACCAAGCUGCGUCUGCCGCCGCUCUUUGCCGAAAUCUUCGACAUACCCAAGGCGGAUGAUGAGCUGUAGAGCUGUAGAGCUGUCUAGCAUCCAUGUUGCACAGCCAAUCAAUUCGAGCAACAAUUUGAUAUUCUACAAUGUGUAGUAGUAUGUUUAAGUAAUUAGCGUUAAACGAAGAGUUGGCAGCAUCAGUUACCAGAUACAUCAACUACAACUACUCAACCAUUAUACAUUUUACCAGAUACCGAUACCGAUACAGCUACAGAUAGUUAACUACGACUACGACUACAACUAAUGUUAUGCAUACAAAAAUAUUUAGCAAUGUUAAAGACGUUCGCAAACCCUUUUUAGCCACACACCACACACACACAACACUCACUUACACACACACCCACAAUUAUAGACUUUCAGAUACUCUCUUAUCGGAGAACUGUUUCUUUUGUUAAUCGUUUGAAUCGUUCUAGCGAACUGACUCAACUGCUUGAGUUCAAGCCUUACAUAUCCCAUGCGCAACAUACAAAUUUAUUUAUUUCAUUGUCAAGCUCAUCAAGUCAUCCACUCUAUUAUAAAGCAAAGAAAAAUAAGAACAUAAAAAACAAAUUCCCCAAGUCCAAUUCCUAUCCCAACUUAAAAAAAAAACAAAAAAACUCGACUGAAGUGCGAGCGUUCAAGUUCGAAAAAUACUGUUUAUUAUUUUUUUAUUAAAUACUUAUUGUAUAA